AUGUGGGAUGUUGAUACUGAGGUGAGACAACUUGUGGGGAAUGACUUCUGUAUCCAGAUGGAAGUCAAAGGUCCAGGAAUAUCUGAAUGGUGCUGGUUUGUUUUUGUAUACCUAAGUACUGACAGAAGUAUUAGGAAGCUGCAAUGGGAAGAACUUGAGACCUGUAGACCAAAGUGGGGAGGUUGUUGGGCUAUAGCUGGGGAUUGGAAUGAUAUUUCUAGUAAUGCUGAGAAGAGGGGGGGAGUGACAAGGAGUCCUGCUAGUUUUGUGGGCUUCAAUGAAUUCAUUGGCAGAAUGAAGAUGCAGGAGUUGGAUCAAAUCGGCUCUUUCUUUACAUGGGGUAAUAACAGAGCUGAGGAUGGGUAUGUGGAGGAGAGAUUGGAUAAAGUGUUUGUCUCUUAUGACUGGAUGGGCCAAUUUCCAAAAAUGGAAGUAUCAAAUUUUUAUAGAACUGCAUCUGAUCACAAUGUGAUACUCAUUGAUACUGACAAAGAGAUAGACAGAAAGCACAAGAGAUUUGUCUUUAAUAGCAGUUGGCUCAAGCUAGAAGGUAUUCAAGAGGCUGUGGAGAAUGGCUGGCAGGGGGAUGUGGAGGGUACUGCUAUGUACCAGGUUCAUCAAAAAGUUAAGAACACAAGGAUGGCACUGUUAGCUUGGCACAAACCCAUGCACAGGAAUAAUGCUGUUGUUAUUAAGCAUCUCACUGGCAUUCUGGAAGAGAUGAGGUGUGAGGGACCUGAUAGGAACUGGAAAGCUUGGAACUCUUUAAAAACUGAACUUGACAGUGCUCAUCAAGCAGAAGAACAGUUUUGGAGGCUUAAAUCAAGAGUUCUAUGGCUCAAAGCUGGUGAUAGGAAUACAAAAUAUUUCCAUGCUGCUACUUCACAGAGAAGGAGAACAAACACAAUUUCCAAGCUGGUAACUAAUGAGGGGGUGGUUUGUGACACUCAGGAAACCAUGAAGCAUCACAUUUCAGAUUUUUAUUCUACUAUGUUUACCUCAGAGGGGUCCAGGGAUGGAGAGGAGCUUCUUCAACAGAUACCUUACUCCAUAUCGGAUGCUGUCAAUAAUGAACUAAUCAAACCAGUGCUGGAGGAAGAAAUCAAAACCGCUCUAUUCAAUAUGGUCCCUGAAAAAGCUCCUGGAAAUGAUGGUAUGUCAGCAAUUUUCUUCCAACAUUUUUGGCAUAUUUUGAAAGGGGAUGUGUGCAAGGCUGUGAAGGAGUUCUUUGAUUCUGGGCAUGUGUUGAGAAACUGGAAACAUACUGUCAUUACCCUGAUACCAAAAUGCUUUUACCCUGAAACAUUGAGCAACUAUAGACCUAUAAGCUUGUGUGGUGUGUUGUAUAAGCUCAUUGCUAAGAUACUGGCUGAGAGGUUGAAAAUCUGUCUUAAUGAAUGCAUCAGUCAGGCUCAGACAGCUUUUGUCCCUGGUAGGCAAUUAAUUGAUAAUGUGGUUAUUGCUCAUGAGGUCUUCCAUUAUCUUCAUAGGCAUAGGUCUGGUUCUAAUGCAUUCAUGGCUGUUAAAUUGGAUAUGGAGAAAGCAUAUGAUAGGGUGGAAUGGGAGAGUAUCAGGAAAACUAUGCUCAAAAUGGGCUUUCAUGCAAAGUUUGUUCACAGAGUUCUUAGCUGUAUUUCAUAUCCUUCCUUCUCAUUCAAUCUUAAUGGCACUGUCUGUGGCUAUGUUACUGCUUCCAGGGGGAUCAGGCAGGGUGACCCUUUGUCACCAUAUCUCUUUAUCAUUGUAUCUGAGCUAUUCUCUGCCUAUCUGCAGCAUAAGAUCACUAUAAAUCAGUUCUCAGGUAUCAGAAUUUCUCAAAAUGGGCCUAUGCUGUCUCAUCUUCUAUUUUCUGAUGAUGCCCUGGUGUUUUGCAAAGCUGAUGAAGACCAUGCCACUCUUUUACUGGAAAUCCUUCACAAAUAUCAGAAGUUUGCUGGGCAAAAGGUGAACCUCCACAAAUCAUCUAUGUUCUUGAGUAAAAAUUGUGCCGAGGCAACUAAGAGAAAGAUUUGCUCUAUUCUGCAAGGGAUCAUUGUGAAGAGAUCUUCUAAGUAUCUGGGACUGCCACUUGGGAUUGGAGUUUCUAAGGUUGACACUUUUCAAUUUGUGGUGGAGGCUGUUAGGGAAAGGAUUAGUGGGUGGAAGAAUUGUUUUCUAUCCACAGCUGGGAAGGAAACACUCAUAAAGUCAGUCCUAAGUGCUCUACCAGUCUUUGUAAUGUCCUGUUUCAUUUUGCCACAGAGUGUUUGUAAAGAUAUAUGCAGAUUACUGGCAAAUUUUUGGUGGGCAAAGGGUGACAAUCAAAGGAGAAGUGUUCAUUGGCUGGCUUGGGAAAGAAUGGCUAUGCCUAAAGGUGAAGGUGGGCUAGGGUUUCAGGACCUUAAACUAUUCAAUAAAGCUAUGAUCAUGAAGCAGCUAUGGAGAAUUACUGAGCAACCUGAUCUACUUAUGAGCAAGGUGCUGCGCAGUAAGUACUUUCCUGUGACUUCUAUUUUUGAAUGGAAAAAUACUGGUGGUGCUUCUUGGCUGUGGACCUCUUGGGCAUCUCUUUUACCUAUUCUGCAGAAACAGUUCCAGAUCACUGUCAGAAAUGGUGCUAAAACAAAGAUAAGUGAAUGCAAUUGGGUUCCUGGACUGAAUGGUGGAUCUCCUACACUGAAAGCUGAAAUAAAUGGCAGCCUUUUCUGGGUAAAGGAUCUCCUCAUUGCUGGAGGCUUGCACUGGGACUCAACUCUGAUUAAAGCUUUAUUUGAAGAAAGGGAUGCUAAUCUGAUUCUGCAAAUCAAUACUCUGAAUCCAAAUGUGGCUGACAAAUGGAGGUUCUCUUUCCAAGGGAAGGGGAAAGGGAAGUUUUCUGUUAAACAAGCUUACUCGUGGCUGAUGAAAAAUGAUAGGCACAACAGCAACAUUACUGAAUGUAGCAGAAUGGCAGAGGGGAACAAAAGGGCUAGAAACAGAUGCUGGAAUCUGCAAGUGAUGGGGAAGGUCAAACUGUUUAUAUGGCAAUGCUUCUCAGGUAUUAUUCCUGUUAGUUCUAAUUUGCUUAAGAGAGGAAUGGAUAUUCAGCUUAUGUGCAGGAUCUGUGGUGAAGAGGAGGAAACACAGGAGCAUGUUUUCUUCUUCUGCGGUAGAGCCAAACUGACAUGGAAAUUGGCACCAGUGAAAUGGAACAGAAUACAGCAGGAGAAAAUGAGCUUUAAAGAAUGGUGGUGGUGGAUUUCUUCUAUGAACUACAAGGAAAUUUCUGAGGCCAGAAUACAGUUAUCGACUUAUAUCCUAUGGUGGUUAUGGCGGGCCAGAAAUUUAUGGAUUUUUGAGAAGAAAUGGUACUCGGAGAGAUGGAUUGUUCAAGCUGCCAUGAAAGAUUGGUUGGACUUCAAGGAAAGCAACAAGAAGACAUAA